CAGGAGGGCGUUCUUUGCUUUCCCCUCCCUCAGCGAUUGCUUUUACGUUUGUUCGUGGCUGGCAAAGUUGCUUCUCUAAUGGGAGGGCUGGAAAAUCUGGCAAGCCGUGCUUCCUAAGGCUGUAAGAAAAGCUGCAUUAUCACUACAAGUUGUAGAAAGGCAAUAUUAGAAUGGGAUAUUAGAAAUGCUUUCGGACAUUUCAGCAAAAGAAUCAGUCUGGUGGAGCAGUUCCAAUGAACUCCUGGGAGGUUCCCAUGAACUUUCUGGAAGAAGGUGGACUGGCUGAACGGUUUCUUCACAUUGAGCGAGAGCAGAUAGUCCGCCUGAAUUCUCUCAGCUUCCUUGAUCCUGUACAGUAUGUUUAUAAUCCUUUGGAUUAUGCCUGGGAGCCUCACCAGGACUAUGUACGUAAAUAUUGCCAUUCCCGGAAGGAGGUGCUCUUUCUUGGGAUGAAUCCAGGGCCUUUUGGCAUGGCUCAGACUGGGGUGCCCUUUGGAGCAGUGCAGCUUGUUCGAGAUUGGCUGCAGAUAAGUGGACAGGUGUUUCGGCCAGCAUGCGAACACCCGAAGAGGCCCAUCCGUGGCUUGGAGUGCCCCCACAUGGAGGUGAGCGGAGCCCGUUUCUGGGGCUUCUUCCGCUCUGUGUGUACCAAGCCUGAAAAGUUCUUCCAACACUGCUUUGUCCACAACCACUGCCCACUGCUCUUUGUCAGUCAAAGCGGGCGCAAUCUGACACCAGCCGACCUGCCAGCUGCUCGGCGUGAACAGCUCCUUCAGAUCUGCGAUGAUGCCCUGUGUGAAGCUGUGAAAUUAUUGGGCGUUGCAACAGUCGUUGGGGUUGGACGCUUUGCUGAACAGCGCGCCCGCAAGGCUCUGUCAGCCGCUGGUAUCCCAGUACGAGUAGAGGGGGUAAUGCACCCAUCCCCUCGCAACCCCAAAGCCAACAAAGGCUGGGAUGCCAUCAUCCAAGCAAAACUGGAAGAACUAGGCUUGAUGGCUCUCAUCGCGGACUAACUGGGAAUUCCAUGUUGAAGAAAGCCAAGAGUCUUUGCUUUGGUUCUCAUGAUUUCUGGAUCACGUCGGAAACAUUAAUUCUUCUAUGGACUCAUUAGAAGAAUCGUCUAGCCUCAGGUCUACAUAUUUUUUACACUUUUACUUUCACUACUCUUGUUUACCCUCCUGAGGUAAAUUCAUCAUUUAAAGAUUAUCCAGAUUUUUUAUAUAUAUAUAUAAAGGAAGGCCAGAAUAUAUUGUCCUCGGUGCUAACACUUAUUUAGAUGCCUUUAUUCAGUUGGCUAUCAGUGUCUUGCUAUACUUCACAGUAGGUAAUUCAUGUUGCAGUUUUGUGCAACAAUAUUCCCGAUUGAGGUUCUGCCUAAUCUUUGCCCUUUGGCAGUGAUGUGGCUCCUUAACACUACUUAUGCUAAUGGACUACCGGUUGAGUUAGCCCAGUAUUGUCUACUCCAUCUAUAGCUCCUUAAAGCCUAGAGCUGCUCAAUUUUUUAUAUGUAGAGCAAAUGCUCUGUCCCAGAGCCAAAAUUGUGAAUCGAGAGGGAGGGGGUGCAUUAUGGCAACUGUGGGAACUGCCUCCUCAUAAUUACUUUUAAUGCUGCUGUGAUUCCCCUUUGCCUAUCAGAAGAAAAACUAAGCUGGGUUCUAGAACACUAAAAAAGGUCCAACUAGAAGUAGGAGGAAUGAGAUUUGUGGUUCUGUAUGUUUCCGCAUUACUGUACUCUUUUGAGACGAGCAGUUCCCAUCUCGUUCCUUUCUACUUUUUGAUCCAUGGGUUUUUGGGAAAGGAACAAAGAAGAGGAAAAGAUAGGGGAAGAUGCUCCCUCCUCCUCUUCAGUUCUUGGUUUUGUUUUGUUUUUAAUUAAAAAUUGCAGCUAGCUACUCUUGGCUAACUGCUGAGUUUGAAGCAGCAGCAGCGUUUCUGAAAACAGUGCAGGUGUAUUCCACAUAGACCAGAUUACCUUGCAGUCUUCUCAACUGCCUGCUACAUCCUGGAGAAAAAAGAACAAAUUUGUAGAAAUGCUCCUUUAUUGUUGCUGUACUAAGUAAGCUUGGAUUAAACACUGUCUGAAUGUGGGGUUUUUGAUGCUGUCCGAAUGUGGAUGUUUUCUUGCAGAUGUUUCAUUGCCUAAUUAUCCAACUAGGUAACGUUAUCGGUGCAUUGACAGGGUUACCUAGCUGGAUAAUUGGAUAAUGAAAUGUUUGCAAACAGAAAAACCAACCAAGCUCAGAAAGUACCAAGGAUACCACAGUGCAACCUUGAGCUGCAAAUAUUUGCCUCAAUGUGGCUACUGUGCUUUUGGGGUGUGGCCCCAUCAGUAAAGUCCAACAAAAUGGAUGUGUUGAGCAUGGAGGGGAAUUCAAUCAUCGCAGAGCUGAACUUGGUUCAGAAGCAAUCCACCUCUGCCACUCGGCCUACAUUUCUUGUGCUAUCCUAUGCAAGUUACAUAUUCCUUUGUAUCAAGCUUCUAGUUUUCUUUGUAAUAAUGCAGAAGUGAUUUUUCUUCGUUUUCUUCCAGGAUUAAAAAACAACAACCCUAAUCUUACAUCCUUUGAUUUUCAUGUCAUCUCUUAGCCAGCUGCUCAUUCAGUCCAGUCCUGUUUAGGUUUAUUUGGUUCUUAUUCAAUCAGACAGGUUUACUAGGAUAUUGCUACCUGCCAUGACUUUAGGAGUUUAUUAUUUAAAAGCUGGGCGUAUUCUGCAAUAUAGCAAUCCAUCUUUGGCUUUGAGGAGCCAUAUUAAUCGAUAGCAAUGCAUUAUUUUAUGCCAGUCUGGAAUAUUUAAAAUGAGGGUGCAUUAUUUUUGAGCCCCUUUCCUUUAAUAGCCUCCCAGCCAAAAAUAUGAUGAUAGUGCUCUUAUAUAGCCGAUAAAGUGGAUUACAGCAUUUGUAACUUUGCUGGUUUGAGAAAUGAGUGAUGGAGCAUGUGCAUAGUGAAUGAAAGGAUCCCGAUUUCAUUUGGGGCAUGUCUAGGGAGACCAUGUUAGCCAGACUAGAGGCACUAGCAGCAGGGCCACCCGCUCAAAGUCUGGAUCACGUUUAAAGCAGAUUAGGAAGAGGAUAUUCUUAAUUGAAAAAAGGAAUACUGGUGGGAUGAAAUAACGUAUCACCCACGCCUCAGAUGAACACUAAUAGUCCUUGAUUUACGAGCACAAUCGGGGUGUUUUGGGGUGUUUUUAGGCAAACGCCCCCAAAGCGGCCUGAGAACGGGCCCAAAAUGCCCCAUUUUUGGGAAGUUUUUCUGUUGUUUCUGGUUGUUUUUUUUGAAAACAGGCUGAAAAACAGGUGGGGGCGGGGCCAGCCAGUGGUGGGAUUAGCUCCAACUGGCUGAAUCCUACCUCCUCUGCCUUUGAGGCGAGUGGCCGGGAGACACGGCUGAGUGUGAUGAGUGAUGUCACCCGCCCAGUCACAUGACCAACUGGCUGUGCCUACCCAGCCAGAGAACUGGUUGUUAAAUUAUUCCAAUCCCAUCACUGUUCAUAAGUUUGUAAAAUGGUCAUAAAUCACUUUUUUCAGUGUCAUAUCUUUGAACAGUGACUAAAUGAACUGUUGUAAGUCGAGGAAAACCUGUACUUACUUUGAACUCAGUUGGACAAAAAUUAUUGGAGAAGCUCUGGGAUGACCCUUUGCUUCCUUUAACCAAGCAGUUAUUACCCCCUGUAUAAAGAAUCUUGUGCCAUAUUAGGAGGUCCACCUAGGCUUAAAUAGAGAUCUGCUAUCACUGUAUUUAUUUGACCUUAGGAAAGAAAAAGACAUCGCUUUCAUUGAGAUAUUUCCAGCGUCUUCCACCUGUCCUUAAUUAAUAGAGUAGCGUAUAAUUGUUUGUCUGAAGAUAUACCUCCUUUUCAGUUGAAGCUACUGAAUUCCAUCUGUGCUUUUAUUUUAGCCUUUGCAUUUGUUCUCUCUUACCUGUCAUCCUUCAGAUCUUGUUGAAUAUUGACUGAACAGCCUUUAAUCAACAUGGUCCAACAAGAUUUGGGAAACGCCACUGUUUCCUCAUCCUUGCUCUAACUAACAAUAACAUUGAUUCUAAGCAUGCACCACACAGAGUUUUGAGGCCUUCCAAUUUGUAUCUGUAGCUCAUCAGUAUGGUUUCUCUUCCAGGAAUAAGAAUUGUAACUUAAGAAUCUUAAGAGAGUUUCUUUUGAAAAAAAAUUGCUGGCUUUUUUUCCCCCAUACUAUUUUCAGUCCAGAUUACUUUUGGCAAUUACUACGAUAGAGAAUAUUGGCUUGUUACUGUGGGGACGAAUAAUCUGCAUUGUUAUUGUGAAUUAUGCAUUGCUAUGAUGGAAAAUGUCAAAUAAGAUGCUACUUUGGAACACUGAAUGGUAU